UCGUUCGCGAUCGCGAACUCGUAAUUUGUGCGGUCGAUUUCAACGAUUGAGAAAAUGUUUUUGUGGUUGUAAAAACCUCGAAGAAUGUAAAAAUACAAAUAAAAAAUAAAUACUGAAAACUGGAGAAAUUAAAGUUAGGGAUGGACUUGUGCAAGCGUUACUAGAAGCGGACAAAAAUCCUACAUUAUGACGGCCGAACCGCGGGUGAUGGGUCGCCGAUUUGUGCUAACUUUGGUGAUUGGGAUCUCAGCCGGAUUUAGUUUCGCAUACAUACUAUUAACUUCCACUGGAUAUCCAAAAGAAGUGGUCUUUUCUACGUACAGAGAGUCAGUUAGAGAUCUAGAGAAGCAUCCUAUAUCGUCAGUAGUUGACCAUGGAACCGAUGAGCCAGCGCAUAGAGAUGAAGACCGCACGGUGGCCGAUGAGCUGGCCAAAAGAGUCAGGGUUCUGUGCUGGGUGAUGACACAACCGAAUAACCAUCAGAAGAAAGCACAGCAUGUCAAAGCCACGUGGGGGAAGCGAUGCAAUAAGCUGGUGUUUAUGAGUACGGUUGAAGACAGUUCGCUGCCAACAGUGAAGCUACCGGUUAACGAAGGGCGGGACUUCUUGUGGGCGAAGACGAAGGCAGCCUUCCGAUACGUCUACGAGCAUCAUAAGAGGGACGCCGACUGGUUCCUCAAGGCUGACGAUGACACGUAUGUUAUAAUGGAGAACUUGAGAUACAUGCUGGCUGAUUAUGACACCAACGAGCCAAUAUACUUCGGGUGCCGAUUCAAGCCGUAUACCCCACAGGGCUACAUGAGCGGCGGCGCUGGUUACGUGCUUAGCCGGGAGGCGCUGAAUCGGUUCGUGAACAAGGCGCUGCCUUCGCCACACCUCUGCAAGGCGAGCGACGGCGGCGCAGAAGACGUUGAGAUUGGCAAAUGCCUAGACAAGGUGGGCGUGAAAGCGAUGGACUCCCGGGACUCGUUGAACCGCGGCCGGUUUUUCCCGUUCGUGCCGCAGGACCAUCUGUUCCCGAACAAAGACAAACGCUUCUGGUACUGGCAGUAUAUCUUCUACCCUUCUGAUGAGGGCCUAGACUGCUGUUCGGACCACGCAAUAUCCUUCCACUACGUAGGUCCACAACAGAUGUAUGUAUUAGACUACCUCGUAUACCACUUAAGGCCGUACGGCAUUCGCUUCGGCGGCGGCGAUUUACCCCGUAUACUAAGAAACGACACCAAAGAUACAGAGGUUCACUAGAACGAUAAGUGUACUAGGAAACAAAUAUGUAAAUAAGUAGGCAUUGAAAAACCUUAAGAGACGUAGGUGCGCGGCUUAAACCGGUUUUUUU